AUGAAGAUUAUCAGCCAGACAAUUGUCACGCUGUGUGCCACGUUGCUGUUGCUGGGCCUCACAUACGCAUCCUCUUUUUAUCCUGCAAGGCCUCCGGCCAUUCCUCUUGCCGUCAAGUCUCCUUACCUGAACGCUGUCCAACGUGCUGGUUGUGGAAAUGGUGGUUACUUGGCCGGGCAGGGCCAGACACUUGGAUGGAAUGGAAUGAUCAGGGUGGAUAACACGAUUUAUACUUGGAUGGGAGACCCCAUUGGUGCAGGAACCCACACCGUCACCCAAAAACAUUUCUGGUAUUCUUCGACCAAGAGUGUGUUCUCUAUGGAUAUUGGUGGGAAAGUCGAAAUGACCAUUACUUUUCUCUCGCCCAUCACACCAGGCGAUCAGAAGCGGCAGUCUUUGGUAUUCUCCUAUCUCGAGGUCACCGUUGAGUCGCAGGAUGGAAACCCGCACGAUGUCCAACUUUACGCAGAUAUUUCUGCUGAAUGGGUAGCCGGAGACCAUUCGAGUGUCGCCCAAUGGGAUUUCAACACCACCAACGAUGGAAUAUCAUAUCACAGGGUAUAUCGACAGACACAAUUACUCUUCAGUGAGACCAAUGACCAAGCGGACUGGGGUCAUUGGUUUUGGGCGACGAAAAAGGUGGAUGGCGUGACAUUUCAAUCUGGCGCAGAUAAAGCAGUUCAUGGAGCUUUCCAGAGGAACGGAAAGUUGGCAAACACGAAAGAUACACAUUUUCGACCCAUAAACAAGGACUUCCCUGUAUUUGGAUUCUCCAUUGAUCUAGGUUCUAUCACUUCUCCUGUGAGCACUCUGUUCGCCUUGGGUCUCACCCAGGAGCAAGCCAUUCUCUUUGAUGGCCAGACAGGCAACGUUCCUCUGAAUUCUUUGUGGAAGAGCUACUUCCCGAGUGAGACCGAUGCUCUUUCCUUCUUCUACACCGACUUCACUACUGCUAAUGCUACGGCCACGGCUCUCGAUUACAAAAUCAAUAACGAUUCUCGCAUUGCUGGAGGUCAUGACUACGUUAUCAUCACCUCCCUUUCUGCUAGACAGGCUUUUGGAGCAACGCAAUUGGUGGGUAACCUGACAAACCAGUAUUUGUUCAUCAAGGAACUUAGCUCUGAUGGGAACAUCCAAACUGUGGACGUCAUUUACCCAUUCUUUCCAAUCCUGCUCUAUCUUGAGCCAUCGAUGGUAAAGCUCAUGCUUGACCCUCUCUUUGAGAAUCAAGAGUCUGGACAAUUUCCACAGAACUACUCAAUGCAUGAUCUGGGUUAUCAUUGGCCGAAUGCCACGGGCCAUACUGACGGCCAGGACGAAUGGCAGCCCCUUGAAGAGUGUGGGAAUAUGAUCAUAAUGACUUUGGCUUACGCUCAACGAACAAAUGAUAUUACCUACCUUACUAUGCAUUAUAAGAUACUCAACCAAUGGGCUCAAUACCUCAUUGAGGAAGCCCUCUAUCCCGCCUACCAGAUGUCCACGGACGACUUCGCGGGAUGGCUCUCAAACCAAACGAAUUUAGCUCUGAAAGGAAUUAUUGGAAUCGAAGCCAUGGCUUCAAUCGCUAACUUGACAGGAAACGCGGCUGACGGGGCUAGGUUCGCAAACAUAGCUCACUCUUACAUUUCUAACUGGCAAGUCCUUGGCAUCGCCGCUGAUGCCAAACCACCGCACACCACCCUGAGUUAUGGUGUGAACGACACCCAUGGUAUACUCUACAACCUGUACUCCGACCGUCUUCUCAACCUCAGCCUCGUCCCACAGUCCAUCUACAAAAUGCAAAGUGCAUUCUACCAAAUUAUUGAGCAGAAAUAUGGCAUUCCGCUUGACACAAGACAUAAUUAUACGAAAAGCGAUUGGGAGAUGUGGGCCGCGGCCAUUUCGAGUGAGAGCACGAGAAACAUGUUAAUUCAGGAUCUGGCAAAGUGGAUUAAUGAGACCCCGACAAACACCGCAUGUACGGAUUUGUAUGAUACGCGUAAUGGAGAUUAUGCCACUGAGGGUAGGGAUAAUCACUUCGUUGCACGGCCAGUGGUGGGAGGGCACUUUGCUUUGUUGGCUUUGCAAGGCGAACCAUACGUCUAA